AUGGCGAAUUGGGCGCUCGCUGGUUGCUGUAACACUCAGCAGACGCUCUUCCUCUCCUGCUCCGGUGUUUACGCGCUCAUCAUCCUCGUUCUAUGGCGCACCAUCGUGCUGAUGCCCUUCAAGCUCAUCUCCGUGUACCUGCACGAGAUAGGCCAUGCCUCCGCAUGUGUCAUGACGGGCGGCAAGGUGGAGGGCAUAGAGGUGCACAUGGACGAGGGGGGAGUCACUCGCACUCGGGGCGGAUGGCAGUGGUGCAUUCUGCCAGCCGGAUACUUGGGGUCGUCCUUCUGGGGCAUGGUGCUGGUGCUGUGCGCGACCAACAAGUGGACCACCCUCGUCAUCGCUGUCAUUCUCUGCAUCACCCUUUUCAUCACGCUCUUCCUCGCCAAGAACAACGUGAGCCUUCCUAGCGUCAAUUCCAUCUAA